AUGUUCGCGUUCACAUAUAUUGCAUCGGCGGCCGCUGUUUUGGCGAUUGUCGGAGCACAAGUGCCCCAACCGGAGAAUGAAGCUUCAUUCGAAUUGGUUGAUGCCAACAAUGAUGGGAAGCUUUCUCAGCAGGAAUUGACGAAAUUCAUGCGGAAGCGCGGAAGGCCCGACGGAAAAGAAUUUUUCAAUCGUUUCGAUCUCGAUCGAAAUGGACAUCUCGACAUUUCCGAAUUUGUGCCGCUGGUUUUCGAAAUGGGAAGAAGACCGGUGGAUUUGGAUUACGAGUUUUUCAAGAAAAUGGAUUUGAACAACGACGGAAUUGUUGAUCUCGGCGAAGUCAAAAAAAUGAAGGAUGAGAAUAAUGGAAGAAUUAUUGAUGGAAUUCUCGCUGUCGCCGAUGCUGAUAAGGACGGCCAACUCACCUAUGACGAGUUCCACUCGCACUUGACCAAUCAAACUCCAGUUUCCCCAAUUGAUGAGCAGCGCACAUCUGCUCUUCGUCUCAUGUCGUUCAUUGACUCGAACGGAGACAAUAAGAUCGGCAAGAAUGAAUUGUACGAAUUUUCGCAGAAGACCGCAACCAAUAAGGUACGCCGAACUGACGUUGAUGGAAUUUUCACAAUGCUCGACAAAAAUGAGGACGGAUUCUUGACGGUUGAUGAGCUCAAGCAGCUGGCUGAGCAAUUCAGCUCAAUCGCGAAUGUUCGAUCAACCAUCCCAAAGGUCUAA